AUGUUACGCCAAACCCUCAGACCAGCAUCCAGAGUCCUCGCCAGAUCCGGUCUCCGUUGUUCCGUCAGAUUCAACUCCGCUGCCGCUGAGGCCGCCGAGGCAAAGGCUCCUGUCGACCCUAAGAUCUCCCAAAUUGUAGACCAGAUCUCCACCUUGACCCUUUUGGAGACUUCUUCUUUGAUAAGUGAAUUGAAGACCAGAUUGAAUAUCUCCGACAUUGCUCUCCCUGCUGCCGGUGCCGCUGCUCCAGCUGCUGCUGCUCCAGCUGAGGAGGAGGUCAAGGAAGUUGUUGAGGAACAAACCAUCUUCGCCGUUAAGUUGGAAUCUUUCGAUGCUAAGGCCAAGCCAAAGAUUAUCAAGGAGGUCAAGAGUUUGUUGGGCUUGUCUUUGGUUGAGUCCAAGAAGUUCGUGGAGGCAGCUCCUAAGGUGUUGAAGGACAAUGUCGCCAAGGAAGACGCCGAGAAGAUCAAAUCUACUUUGGAAGGUUUGGGCGCUAAGGUCGUCUUGGAGUAG